AUGCCUUUCUGCGGCGGCAAGAAGGUGAUGCAACGCAAGCUCGUCCUUCUGGGCGACGGCGCAUGCGGCAAGACUAGUCUUCUGAACGUCUUCACCCGCGGAUUCUUCCCGACCGUGUACGAGCCAACCGUAUUCGAGAACUAUGUCCACGAUAUCUUCGUCGACGGGAUUCACAUGGAGCUGUCGUUAUGGGACACGGCGGGACAAGAAGAAUUUGAUCGGUUACGAUCACUCUCCUACGAUGACACACAGGCCAUUAUGCUGUGCUUCAGUGUCGACAAUCCCGGAUCUCUAGAGAACGUGUCGACGAAAUGGAUAGCUGAAAUCAAUGAACACUGUCCCGGCGUUAAGAUCGUCUUAUGUGCUCUGAAAUGCGACCUGCGGGAAGAACACGAAAAAGAGGAUGACGAGGAGAACAACGAGCCUCCACGACCCAUGAUUCAGUAUAACGAGGGGUUGGAGGUCGCGAGGCGCAUCGGCGCUUUGAGAUAUCUCGAGUGCUCUGCGAUGCGAAACCGAGGCGUCAACGAAGCAUUUACAGAAGCCGCACGAGUCGCGCUACAGGUCAAGCCCGCUCGAUCAAAAGACGACUCUAAAUGCUCGGUUAUGUGA